GAAAGGAAAAAAAUAAAUAGACAAAAACAAAAAAACUAAAAUCUAAUUUGUUAUUUUAAUCUUUUGAUUUAAACGUGUAAAUCAAUUGCAGUGCAAUCAUAACAUUAAUUGCGAAUUGAAAGCGACGUUCCAUUAAUAGAAUUGCACUAGUGUGUAGCACUAAGAAGCCGUAGCUAUGGCUGAAGCCCAUGCUGCCGUUGCCUUUUCAUUUGCUAUUACUCAUGAGGGCUUCGACAUAAAUUAUGAUCAGGAGGUCCUUAACUUGGUGUGGAAUUCAGGCGUACGAUCAUGGAAGAAACGCGUAGCUCGUGCGCGGAAUGGCAUACGCAAUGGUGUCUAUCCGGCGCAUAUACAAAGUCUGUGGCUGAUCUCAGCCAUUGCACUUGGCCUUCAUUUUGCCGGCUACAAAACGCCAUUCAAUUUAGUCAAUAGAAUUCUGACACAUCUCCCUGCGAACACAAUCAACUGGCAAGUGACUGCCUGCUUUCUCACUGCCUUAUUCAUUUGGCUCUCUAUAUGCUUUACCAUGCGCUACACGUUGAAGCUACUGCUCAUGUACAAGGGAUGGAUGUAUGAGUCACGAGCGCCGGGUAGUCGCGUGUCGAUCCCGACAAUGUUGUGGGUGGCAGUGGUCCGAGUGCUGUCCAGUUGGAACAAGCCAGGACUGUAUAGUUUUCAAGGCUCCUUGCCGCGAUUGCCACUGCCUUCGGUCAAUGACACAAUGUCGCGCUAUCUGCGAUCCGUGCGCCCUCUGCUUGACGAUGAGAACUAUGUGCGAAUGGAACGAUUGGCGAAGGAAUUUGAGCAGACUAUUGGCAAAAAGCUGCAAUGGUAUCUGAUACUAAAGAGCUGGUGGGCCACAAACUAUGUAUCGGAUUGGUGGGAGGAGUAUGUGUACCUUCGCGGACGCAGCCCCUUGUGUGUCAAUAGUAAUUUCUAUGGAACUGACGCAAUCUUUAUGAAUCUCACCAACAAUCAGGCGGCACGUGCUGCGAAUGUCAUUUAUUUGCUGCUAAACUUUAGACGGUUGAUUGAGCACCAAGAACUGCAACCCAUUAUGGUGCAGGGUAUGAUCCCGCUGUGUUCCUGGCAAUAUGAGCGCACAUUCAAUACAGCACGUAUUCCGGGGCUCGAAACCGAUCGCAUUGUUCACUACAGGGACUCCAAUUACAUUGUGGUGCUGCACAAAGGCUGUUACUACAAAAUGCUGAUCUACUACAAGGGACGAACGUUGCGUCCAUGUGAAUUGCAACUUCAAAUCGAGGAUAUUCUUAAAUCUACGGCUGAACCGCUGGUUGGCGAGGAACAUCUGGCUGCUCUUACUGCCUGGAAUCGCUCCAAGUGGGCUGAGGUGCGCAAUACGUAUUUCUCCCGAGGAAUCAACCACGUUUCUCUUCGCACAAUUGAGUCGGCGGCUUUUGUGCUGUCUCUGGACGAUGUGCCCUUUGAGUUUGAUUUGGCGAAGCCCGAACUUCUGGAUAACUUUGGCAAGAAUCUGUUGCAUGGAAACGGCUAUAAUCGUUGGUUUGACAAGUGCUUUACUGUUUGUGUGGGCAGCAAUGGACGAGUUGGCUUCAAUGCCGAGCAUACCUGGUCCGACGCUGCCAUUGCCUCACACAUGUGGGAAAAUCUAAUAAUGGACGAUCUUAUAACGGAUGGAUAUGAUGAGUCUGGAAAUACCAAAGGCACUCCCGAAUUCCAGCCGCCCAUGCCCGCCAAAAUGAAUUGGGAUUUGACACCCUGUUUAUCUCAGAUUGAAGAAGCUAGAAUGGAUGUGACAAAGCUGAUCAAUGAUGUUGAUCUGCGUAUAUUGGUGCAUCAAGAGUACGGCAAGGGUUUCAUGAAGAAAUGUCGUCUUUCGCCUGACGCUUUCAUUCAAAUGGCUCUGCAGUUGGCCUAUUACCGUGAUGCUGGACGCUUCUCCCUCACUUACGAAGCUUCGAUGACACGCCUGUUUCGGGAAGGUCGUACAGAAACUGUGCGCCCCUGCACGAUUGAGUCGUCCGCGUGGGUGAAAGCUAUGCAAAAUCCUGACGUUUCGAACGAGGAGCGUGUAAAGAUGUUACAGAGCGCUUGUGAACGCCAUCAAUUGGGCUAUCAGGAUGCGAUGUGUGGACGUGGCAUAGAUCGUCAUCUUUUCUGUUUGUACGUUGUUUCCAAGUACCUGGAAGUCGAUUCCCCCUUCCUCAACGAAGUGCUCAGUGAGCCCUGGCGCUUGUCUACUAGUCAAACACCACACGGACAAACUCCAAAAAUGGAUCUAAAGAAGCAUCCGAAUUGCAUUAGUGCCGGUGGUGGUUUCGGUCCCGUUGCCGAUGAUGGUUACGGUGUUUCCUACAUCAUAGCUGGCGAAAACCUCAUUUUCUUCCACAUCUCAGCGAAAAAGGCGUGCCAACAAACGAAUGUUCACCGAUUUGCGGAUAACAUUUGUAAGGCGUUGGCCGAUAUACGCGACAUGUUCGAGAAGCACAUGAAGGAUCAUCCGAGACCCGCUAAGCAAACGGUCGGGAAUGGUGCAUCUAAAUAGGGCAACUAUUAUUAAGCGGAGCUCACUGCAUGUGUGUUCUUGUUUGCAUUUGCUUUAUUUUCAUUAUACUAAGAUUUUUACUUUAACUGAAGGAUGAAUCCAAAAGUCUUAUAAAAGUUCUGGCGUGAAAUUAGUGCAACAAAAAGAGCAAUGCAAUUUUAUAUACAAACACUUUAAUGAAAAUAAAAACUCUUGACUUGGCUGAUUUUAAUAUUAGGCAAUAGCAAUUUUACACAA